GCUUGUAAGGCACGUACCGUGUUUUGUUGACAAUAUGACAGCAGUUGUGGACGGGAACGCACGUGUACGUGUGAGUUCUGUCCUUAAUCGGGAUACCAGGCAGUUUGGUAAGAAAUAUUUAUUUGAUGGAGAAGAAGACACCUGUUGGAAUUCAGACCAGGGUUUGCCACAAUGGAUUCAUGUGAACUUAGAUACAGGGUGCGAUAUAGCAGAGAUCCAGAUAAAAUUCCAGGGAGGAUUUGCUGGAAAAGACUGCUGUUUGGAGGCCCAUACUGAUGAAGAAAUUAAAAAGAUAAUGGAUUUCUACCCAGAGGAUGUCAACUCAUUACAAAGUUUCAAACUUCCAGAGCCUCUGAAGAUGUCCAGUUUCAGGAUUGUGUUCAACAGUAGUACAGACUUUUUUGGACGGAUUACUAUAUACCAGCUUUCAGUAUUAGGAUCGAAAAGUUGAUAAGUUAUGAUCAUAAUUCAAAUUGAAUAUACCAUGAAAUGAAACAGGCUUGAUCUGAAGUCUUCUAACUACAUGUACAUCAUACGAAAGCGAGUGAAGAACCAAGUCUUGCUGUGGUACUGGAGAUGUUAUCAUUCACAUUUAAGCAUUGAACUGCUUUCAGUUGGAAGUUAUGGGCUGAUGAAUGCCAACUGGACAAAGGCAAAUUUAAUGAAGCGCGGUUGAAUUU